GCCUAGUAAGAAUAUGACCGAACAUAAAUUGAAUAUUCGAGCCCUUGUAUUUUGCUUGUUGAAUCACUAUUUGCUGUCGAAUAACAAUGGCGCGUUCGGUGACAUAAGGUUGAUCCCCUUGAUUAGCCAGAUGGAAAGUUGCUAUUCUAUUAUGCCGUUGGUUGUUGCCGAGACUUUGCUGAGUGCGGAUGAGCUGAAGAAGGAUGCCAAAUCUGAAUAUUUUAAGGGAAGCCCCCUAUUACUGCAGAUUUGGCUCGUGGAACGGCUUAGACUUUUGGAAGCUCCUGCCGAUCCUAAACAUUAUCGCCCUAUAGCCUUGGGUAACCAAAAAUACUUGCACCAAGGCCAGGACGAGCCCGAAUGGACCUCCUUUUUUACUUAUGGCAUUUGUUCUAUUAAGUGGGUUGUACCAUGGCUUAUGUCGGGGGUCGACACUGAGUUUGUGAGUGAUGACGUCUGGGCUGAUGCCUGGCAUAUCUUCGUGGGACCAUGCGAAGCAAUCCGCGUUGGCUUUGAGAAAUGUAACGAGCUCCGACCUGAUGUCGUCGGGUACAUCGCAUCCAAUAAAGACGACCUGUUUUGGUUUCGCAGGAUCCAAGAUGAUCUCGUCGAGUUGUUCAGAUUUGGGCUCUUCGUAGCCUGCUGGUUCGGAGUUGGACUGUAA